AUGUCGGCUAAUCUAGGCAAGACUUUGAGCAGUAUCACUGAGUUUGGGAAAGACACUCCUUUGGUUAAACUGACCAGGCUGGCUAAAGAGUUCAAUGUAACCUGCAAUAUAGCUAUAAAGUUGGAAUACUUGAAUCCUGGCGGCUCGUGGCACUGUCGUAACUCUCGUCAGUUAGUUGAAGAAGCAGAGCGUAAACCUGAUCCACAGACUCUGAGAAUCGUAAAUCAUAUUGUAUGUGGAUGUGUGCCAAGCUUUGCAGUUAGUUUGGGUGUAGUAUGUGCUAGCAAAGGCUAUAAACUUACAACUGUCGUUCCACUUCAUAUUUCUCCUGCCACUUUGAAUGUCUUAAAACAGUUAGAUGUCGAGGUGAUCCAAAACGAAAACUUCAUUGCUUAUGCUCAAGAACUUGAAGUACCGAACAAAUAUCUGAUUUCACCGCAUACUGAGGAAGCCAUAAACAAUGGUGCGAUGAGCGAGUUAGAUUUGGGUAAAGUUAAGAAAGUGUUCUUACCAGACAAUACCGGAGAAUCUGUUUGUGGAGCUAAAAUGUUUUUCAAAGAGUUUGCAAAUGAUAUCGAAGUACAUGCUGUUUCAUGCCAGUUCCAUAGUGAUGAUGUUAUCACGGUUGAAGAGAGAGUUAAUGCUUUCGAUGGCUCCAUCAAAUUUUCGAAAGUCGAAAAAGAAGACGCUUACAAAAUGGCCAGACGUUUGAUUCAUGAGGAAGGAAUAAUGUGUGGACCUUCAACUGGAGCAGCUCUUUGUGAUGCGCUGAAAAACAUGCAAGGCUUAAAAACAGAUGAUUACAUCGUCAUUGUUGCAGAAGACGGAAUACGAGACUAUAUAGAUGAAUUCUUGGACAACUCUUGGUUGUCAUCGCAAGGAAUCGAAAGUCCCUACGUCUUGAGGAGUGCAGUGCCUAAUGAACAUUUCGAUCCUUCUGUACUGAUAUAUGACCCAACCACGUUAUCGAGAAGCUGGACGAGAGACGUCGAUCAUAAUAAAUGGACCAAUUUAACAUGCUCCAUAAAAAGUCCUAGACUACAGAGACCCAAUGGUGUUGUCAACAGUCUUCUUGAUAUGAUUGGAAAUACCCCAUUAGUCAAAUUACAGAAAUUACCUGAAAUGCAUGGGGUUAAAUGCAACAUAUAUGCGAAAUGCGAAUUUCUGAAUGCGGGAGGCUCAAUCAAAGAUAGGAUUGCUAUCCGAAUGAUUGAAAUUGCGGAGCAGGAAGGCAAACUUUCUCCUGGAAUGACUAUAAUCGAACCAACUUCGGGAAACACAGGAAUUGGACUAGCUUUAGCUGCAGCUGUUAAAGGAUACAAAUGUAUCAUUGUUAUGCCACAGAAAAUGUCUAAAGAGAAAGCGGUAACUAUGGAAUCCUUGGGAGCAAUCAUAGUAAGAACCCCCAAUGAAGCUGGUUUCGAUUCUGCGUACUCGCAUAUUGGAGUAGCUUUGAGAUUACAAUCAGAAAUACCUGGUAGUAUUAUUCUCGAUCAGUAUCGGAAUGUUGGAAACCCAUUGGCUCAUUAUGAACAAACUGCAGAAGAGAUCUUGGACGCACUCGAUGGACGAAUAGACUAUUUGGUUGCUGCUGCCGGCACUGGAGGAACUGUAACUGGAUUAUCAAGAAAAAUCAAAGAGGUAGCUCCAAACUGUACUGUGAUUGGUGUAGAUCCAUUUGGAUCUAUUUUGGCCGAUCCCGAUGACAAAACGUCUCACUUUUACGAAGUUGAAGGAAUCGGUUAUGAUUUCGUGCCUGGGGUUUUAGACCGAACUUCCGUUGAUUCUUGGCAGAAAUCAUUCGAUGAGUCAUCUUUCUCGACGGCAAGGCAGCUGAUAAAGUACGAAGGAAUACUUUGUGGAGGCUCAUCAGGAACUAAUGUUUACGCUGCUCUUCAGUUAGCGAAAAAAUUACCAGACUCUGCCAAUGUUGUCGUCGUUUUACCAGAUGGAAUUAGGAACUAUUUGACCAAGUUCUUAGAUAAUAAAUGGCUAGAUGACAGAAAAAUGCUCACAAAGAUCUAG